AUGCUGAGCCGGAGAUUGCAAGAGUACUGUGACUACAAGCGCUUGCCGUUUGGCCUUUUGCGUGUUGCCUCUCCGGAUAAGGAGUCUGCGCGUGUUCUCCGCAAGGUGUUGGUCCAGUACAUUAACUCUGCUGCCAGGUUUUCAGGUGUGGAGAAAUCUUGGCUUAAGUCUCGCAUACGUGUGCAAGUUGGCAAAAGCCGCACUUUCAAGUCCUUCUGGAACCAUGUGCAAGUUGCUGGGAGAGCGUCCCUGACAUCACUUGAGAGUCUGAGCAUGCAUGACUUGACUUCGAUCAUGUCAGGACAAGGGUUCCUUCGAUCGGAAAAGAACUGGGAUUAUCGAUACAGGUUGACUUUUUCUGAGCGUGUGCAGUGCAUUCGUGAUGAAACAUUGAAGGGUCUCAAGUCGCUUGGCUUGCCACAACGUGAGCUUGCCGGUCUGCACUCGACUGUGUCCACUUCCUUGCGUUCUUCUGUUGAAGUUGACAGGUUGUUGGCUCGACAGUGGCGUUCUGCGGAUGCUUAUGCUUGCGAGACCAAGGGCAUGCAAUUCUACAGGUUGCGUCGGGCUGUUGUUCCUGAUGACAAAAACAAGAAAAGUGCAUGGAUCUUGCCAAAGCUUGCGUACCAAGUACUCUGCCUUGCUUUCGUGUGCUUGUCCAGUACCUGGACGUUUGUGCAGUACUCGCGGGCCUAUGCCAACAGCUUGUUGCUGCAGCGCAUGAAGAACACCUUGGGUGUGCAGAUGUUAUUCUACGACAUUUGUGCCCAGGGUUUGAGGUGCCAAGCAGCAAAACAACACUUCGUUGCAAUUGUAGCAGAUGCUGGUCAGUUUUAUGGAGAGGUUGCUCCACAACGCGCUCUUGAUGCCGGGUUCACUGUCUUCUCUGCGGCUGCUUCUGUUGGUUGGAAGGGCGUUGCCGUUGCUCGCACCCGGAAGUUCUUUGGUUUCAUGACGUGCGAGUUACAAGGUGGACGCGGCAAGUUUGUCCGCUUGAGCUUGUCGGACAUUUUUGCUACGUUUUCGACGGCCGUCAGCGUCUCCUUAGUGUCUGUGGGCCACGCUGUUGCUAUGUUGAGUGGGUUGCCGAUAGGUGGCCUCAUGAGCAAACUGGCUUCAAGCAUGGUUCUUUGCCAGGAAGAGGAGAACUGGAAAACAAAUCAUAUGCAAAGACAGCGUGCAGGUUUUUACUCCCUGCGACAAUCCUGGAGGCGUACGGUUUGCCAUGUCAGGUAUGUUGAUGACGUGUUCUUGGGUACCCACAGUUUUUGCAAAGAUUGCCUCGUUGAUCUCCUUCUUCAUGUGUAUCAGGAGCGGUUCGAUGUUGCCGAGGAUGAGUUCCCCCUCCAUUUCCUAGACAUGGUGGUGGGCUCUGACAAACGUUUGACACCCAAAAGAAAGGUGCUACAGAUUCCUCCCCCAUGGGCGACUGGAGAAGGUUACAUUCGGCCUCUGCUGUUGGGUGCAAUUCAUCACGAUUUGUUUACUUCGCAGUGCUAUCCGCGAUCCAAUGUUCAAGCAACUUGCAGCCUCUUGCCAGAGACAGUGAGCAGCAUGAUGGUCCCGCUUAGCCUCCUGCUUUGGUUCCUGCUGUUCCCUCGCCACCUAGAGGCGACAUGGGGCAAGGGAGGCAACAAAGGCUACUACAAUCAGUGGUCGUCUAAGAACUGGAACCGGAGCAAUUGGUCUGGCGGCAAUCAGCAGUCAUGGAGUGGUAAAGGCGGCUCCUCAAGCUUUGAUGCUGGAUUGGCUUAUGCCAUGCUGUUGGGAGAUAGGGAGAAGUCUACAAGGCGUCAUUCCUGCAAGAAGCGCUCACAUCGCGACGAUGCCUCGUCAGAUUCGUCCCGAUCGUCAUCUGCAGACAAUCACAAGCGAUCCAAGCAUUCGUCAAAAAUCAAGCGGGAGUUGUCUGAACUCCGUGCUUUCAAGGAGAAGACCGAACAGGCUGCUGUUGAAGAGAAGAAGCACAAAGAGUUGCAAGAACUAGAACAACGUCUUUGGGAAAGGUUGCAGUCCACAACUGCACAUACGAAGCCUGCUCCGCCGUCUAGUGCCGAUGCAGGACAGAUCGUGUUGUCUGGCCCUCAAAGACGCCUCGCUACUAAAGUGCUGGCAGGAGCCAUCACAGACCAAUCGUCAGUGCAAGCUUGGGCUGACAUUGUUGCUGUAGCGGAUUCCAUGGAAGGCCGCCAACUUCUGGAGGUGCUCAGAAGCGAGGGUCUGGCCACUCCACAUGCUUGCAAAGAGCGCCAGAGCAUUUUGCUUACGCAUCUGCAAGCCGAACUGGAAAUCAAGGCCUGA